GCGCUUAUUCCACCCCGGGAGCUCGGUGCUCGGCCCGCUGCCACCGCUCGCAGCUGCGGGAUGCUGCGCUCCACGUCCACCGUCACCCUGCUGUCGGGCAGCGGCGCCAGGACGCCCGCAGCACCCAGCAGGAGGGCCAAUGUCUGCAGGCUGCGGCUGACCAUACCUCCUGAGGGCCCAGCUCCAGAGCAAAGUGAGAAGAAGGUGGAGAGAAAAGAGCAAUACUCUGAGCUAAGCAAUGGAGACCCCACCCGGAAGCUUCCUCAGGGCGUUGUCUAUGGCGUGGUGCGAAGGUCAGAUGAAAACCAGCAGAAAGAAAUGGUGGUGUAUGGCUGGACCACCAACCAGCUGAAGGAGGAAAUGAACUACAUCAGAGAUGUCAGAGCCACCUUGGAAAAAGUGAGGAAACGGAUGUACGGGGACUAUGAUGAAAUGAGACAGAAGAUUCGCCAGCUCACCCAGGAACUGUCGGUGUCACAGGCUCAGCAGAACUAUCUCGAGAAUCACAUCCAGAAGCAGUCGUCUGCCCUGGACAGUUUUGAUGCCAUGAACUCGGCUUUGGCGUCGGACUCCCUUGACCUGCAGAAAACCCUUGUGGAUGUUACCCUGGAAAACAGCAGCAUCAAGGAUCAGAUCCUGCGUCUGCAGCAGACGUACGAGGCAUCCAUGGACCGGCUGCGGGAGAAGCAGAGGCAGCUGGACGCCGCCCAGGUUGAGAACCAGCUCCUCAGAAUGAAGGUGGAAUCCUCCCAGGAAGCCACGGCAGAAGUGAUGAGGGAGAUGACCCGGAAGCUGUACAGCCAGUAUGAAGAGAAGCUGCAGAAGGAGCAGAGGAAGCACAGUGCCGAGAAGGAGAUGCUCUUGGAAGAGACUAACAGUUUUCUGAAGGCGAUUGAAGAAGCCAAUAAGAAGAUGCAGGCAGCAGAGGUCAGCCUGGAGGAGAAAGAUCAGCGCAUUGGGGAGCUGGACAGGCUGAUUGAGCGCAUGGAAAAGGAACGCCAUCAACUGCAGCUCCAGCUUCUCGAACACGAGACUGAAAUGUCAGGAGAAAUCACUGAUUCUGACAAGGAAAGGUAUCAGCAGCUGGAAGAAGCAUCAGCCAGCCUCCGGGAACGGAUCCGGCACCUGGAUGACAUGGUCCAUUGUCAGCAGAAGAAGGUCAAGCAGAUGGUUGAGGAGAUCAUGUCACACGAGCUCUUCUCCAGAUUUAGUCUCCGGCUCUUUGGAAGAUGAUAACUGGUAGCCUGCUCUGGGUCAGAAGUGAUUCCUUUUCUCGCUCAUGAUUAGAAGACUCUUGGGCUCUCUCUGCUGGGAAGAGAUGGCAUGUAUCUGAUGAGCCAGUGAACAAAACGGGAAGGACAUGCAACUGAAAAGAAACCUUGGACUCUCGCUUAUGAACACAGCCUCUUGGUGCCACCUUGAAGUUACACAGACUCCAACUGCAGGGUCCAGAGAGUUCCUAAGGUCCUGAGUGCCUUUAGAACCUCAGGUUUUAUACAUCAAAGAAGGAACUGCAAUGGACACUAGUAUUAAAAGAUAAUUCAGAAAACUACCAUGUGAAGACUGGACCAAAGAUCUUGGGAAAAUAGAGGCUGGCUGACUUAUGGGAAAACUGCCAAGUGUACCUGCUAAGGAGAAGAGGUGUGGGCUUGAAGAACUUCAGUGCUCCAGGAGGGAGCCUCCCUCCAGCUUACCUCCCAGAAAACAUAGGCACAACCAAGGGUCCAAGUGGUUGGGCUUGAUUUGAUGUGAUUGUGGCAGGUGGCCCAGAACCUGUCCUUUGUGACUGGAGAUCAACAGCUCUAGUCAACUUAGCAGUCUUCUCGUUGGGUUAAGAAAGCUCAGUUUCCUUUCACUGCUAGGGGCAGCUAGCCUGAGGAGGCAGGUCAUGACAAGGACACGUCUCUGAUGGACAGAGAAGCCUAUUCAGUCUAACUGUACUAAGUGAGAUAGACUUUCUGUAUCCUUUAUUAUUUGUUAUUACUAUUAUUUUGCCUUCAGGGUUAUCAUUGGGGCAGAUGCUGACUCCCUUGCUCCAGGCGGCAGUCACUUUUUCUUUCUUUUCUGAUAAACACGGAGAGAAGGAGAGAAAGAGAGAGACACCAGCAGCACUGCUCCACCACUCAUGAAGUUUUCCCUCCUGCAGGUGGGGACGGGGGCUUGAAUCUAGCUCCUUGUGCAUGGUAUCGCGUGUACUCUAUUGGGUGCAUCACUGCCCAGCCCCUCAUAAUUUAUUUUUAUGGAGGGCUUCCAGAGAUAGCCACAGAUGCUGGUAGCUCAUCAAGGCUUAACAGUGGGGGCCGGGUGGUGGCACACUGGGUUAAACACAUGUAAUAUGAAACGCAAGGAACUGUGUAAGGAUCGCAGUUUGAGCCCCCGGCUCCCCACCUGUAGGAGGGUUCCUUUUCAGGUGGUGAAGCAGGUUUGCAGGUGUCUAUCUGUCUCCCUCUCUGUCUUCUCCUCUCUCAAUUUCUCUCUGUCCUAUCCAAUAGAAUGGGGAAAAAAAUGGCUGCCAGGAGCAGUGGAUUUGUAGUGCAGCACUGAGCCCCAUAGUAGAUAAUCCUGGAGGCAAAAAAAAAAAAAAAAAGAAGAAGAAGACUUAACAGUAAAGGUGGUAGCAAUGGUCAGUGGUUGGUGUUAGCUCACAAAAGUCAACAGGCUGGGCCUGUGGAAGGGGCUCAUUAAGGGGCUGGGCAUCAUUUAGAUAUUGGGUCUGUGUUCUCAACUCUUAACUGGGGCAAAGUGGGAAGGUAAUGAGUUUCUUUGUCAACAUGUGUGUUGGGCCUUCCAUCUAGAUGCUUCUCCACAGCUUAAGCAAGUAGGCAGUGGAUGGAGAGGGAAGUAGAAUAAUUUUCUGCUCUAGGAUCAUGGCUAGAAGCAAAUCUACGUCAAUGCUGAUUCCAGGGCUGCUGGGAGAUGUGGGUCAGGCUUGAGAGCUGCCAGUCUAGACAGAUGGUGCUCUGGCAUCGUGAGCAACACUGUUUCCAGGGCAGUUAACAAAUGCCCCGAGGGUUUUCUGAACUGAUGGAAAACAUCACUGGCAUUUAUUUGUUCUAUGACAAGAGAUGUGUCACCUGAUUUCAACACUUGAAAACAGGGCAUGUAAUGCCUUGAAGAGAGACUAGGCCAGUCAUGUGAGCUGUCUUCCCAGAACCUCUUUUCUGGACUAUGGAUAGUAACUAACUAGAGGCCAGACGGGCUUAUAUGUGGCAAUAGUUAGGGGGGUUGGGUGUCAGCCAGACAUCUCCCGAACGAUGCACCCCAGGCACUGCCCCCACCCAGACUUGGCUGGGUCCUUGGUUGGUUGGUGGUCUCCUUAGAUCUGGGUCCCUGAUCCCAGGGACCUUUUCAGCUGCUCCUCCCUGCCUUGCCCACACCUCUUCAGGACUCCAUUUGCUGUCUGGACUGGGAUGUGGUGUGAGUUUGACUUACUGUCCAUCAAAUUUGAGUUAGGUGCUCGAAUCCUGGCCCUCCCCUUCCCUUUGCUGCUUCGGUAAUCUUAGGUUCUUGGUGUUCAUGGCCACUCAAUCUCUAGCCGAAGAGAUGCUGCUCUGAAGUUUGAUGGGGCCAGGCUGGCUGUGGUGCACCUGGUUAAUCAUGGGUGUUACAAUGUGUAAGGACUCACCUGGGUUCAAAUCCCCAAUUCCUUCCUGUGGGGGGAAAGUUUUGUGAAUGGUGAAGUGGUACUGCAGAUGUCUUUCUCUCUCUGUUUCUUUCUCACUCUCUCCUUACCUCAUCCCUCUCAGUUUCUAUCUCUGUCCAGUAACUAACUAAAUAAAAUAUUUUAAAAACCUUGA